UGUGAGUGGAGCGGCCAUUUCCUGUUUCUCCGCAGUUUUCCCCAGCUUUGGGUGGUGGCCGCUGCUGGGCUCCGGCUUCCCGUUGGCGGAGGGCGAGGCGGCGUGGACAGCGGCCCCGGCACUCCGCGCCCCGCCGCCCGCAGCCGCGCGCCCGCCCGCCCGCCGCGCCCCGAGUGCGCCGCUUCUCGCCUCAGCGCCCGGCCGCCGCCGCGGCCCAGCGAGCGGCCCAGAUGCAGGCCAUCAAGUGUGUGGUGGUGGGAGACGGAGCCGUAGGUAAAACGUGCCUACUGAUCAGUUACACAACCAAUGCGUUUCCUGGAGAAUAUAUCCCCACUGUCUUUGACAACUACUCUGCCAAUGUUAUGGUGGAUGGAAAACCGGUGAAUCUGGGCUUAUGGGAUACAGCUGGACAAGAAGAUUAUGACAGAUUACGUCCCUUAUCCUAUCCGCAAACAGUUGGAGAAACGUAUGGUAAGGAUAUAACCUCCAGGGGCAAAGACAAGCCGAUUGCCGAUGUAUUCUUAAUUUGCUUUUCUCUUGUGAGUCCUGCGUCAUUUGAAAAUGUUCGAGCAAAGUGGUACCCUGAAGUGCGACACCACUGUCCCAACACCCCCAUCAUCUUAGUGGGAACUAAACUUGACCUCAGGGACGACAAAGACACGAUUGAGAAACUGAAGGAGAAAAAGCUGACUCCCAUCACCUACCCGCAGGGUUUGGCCAUGGCGAAGGAGAUCGGUGCUGUAAAAUACCUGGAGUGCUCGGCGCUCACGCAGCGAGGCCUCAAGACAGUGUUUGAUGAAGCUAUUCGAGCGGUUCUCUGCCCCCCUCCCGUCAAGAAGAGGAAGAGAAAAUGCCUGCUGUUGUAAAUGUCCGGGCCCCUCUCCUGCCCUGCCCCCCUCAGAACCUUUGUACGCUUUGCUCAAAAAUGGUGGAGCCUUCGCACUCAAUGCCAAGUUUUUGUUACAGAUUAGUUUUUCCAUAAAACCAUUUUGAACCAA